AUGCCAGACCAACCACUGCCAUUGAAGAGCAAUACAGACAGAACACGCCCAGGUGAUCAAUACGAGGGACCAGCAUUCGAGGAGCAUGCCUCCUCCACAAACCUGAAGGACCGCAUCAGACUACUACUACUCGCUCUGUCUCCUGAUGAAACCACGGAGGAGGCGCAGGUUAAUUUGACCAAACUCCUCCUUGAGCUCUCCGGCUACCCGAUGGAAGCAAGGUUCUCGACGUUUGAUUUGGUAUCGACGGCACAAGCCGAUCUCGUCAUCAUUAGUGGACGUCAGGUCGAAAUCUCCAAGCGGUUGACACUCGCUGAAGUCGCUGCUGCUAAAGACACGACCGCUUCCUCAGAUGCCAUUCUGUAUACAGAAGAUGCGGAAGAAGUUUUUAUCCAUGGGCCCAAACCAGACUUCAACUUUGUGUGGAUUUCAGAAGCGUUGUCCCAUUUCUCCCACAAGUCUCUGUUCUUAACUUUGGCAUUUGUACUGCUCAAGCAUGGUGAAGGUUCCAAGCUCGUGAUAGCAGACUGGUUCGAAGCGACAUAUCUUGCUUGGUCUCCUGUGUCAUCCCCUUCGUUGUGGGCAUUUGCUAUAUCCCACGGAAGAGGUGGCUUGGCAUUCUUGCAGGCCUUCCAGGCCUUGCAAGAGGGCGUGCAAACGUGACAUUCAGAUACGCUAUUUUGUGCGUUGAAAAGCCGUUCAAAAACCGUAGACAUGGAUCACACAACUGGGACACACAAGUAUAGAUCGCGUGUCACUCCACCGUCAAAAGUACAGACGGGAGUAAAGUAUUUGAGCACUUAAUCAUUCGAGCCUAUGGUAGUUCAAACGCAUUUCUGUAAUGGAGACGUCUGAAUACAGUGCCACGGUGACAGCAGUCGCUAAUAACCUGACAUUGCUAAAGAACAAUUAUGACAUAGGGCCUAUAACAUACACGAUCCUGCCUAAGUAACCGG